AUGCAAAAAAAGUACCACAAAGAACUGAGUGAUUUGCGAAGGUUUACUUCGAAAGUCAAUUCUUUAAGAAGUGUGAUGAUUAUUUGGUUGCUGUUUUCAGGACACAAAAAUCAGCAGCUGAAUGAAGUGUCGCAAUCGUGUGGCUUGUGCUCAGCACGAUUCUACGAUGUGGAUUCGUUUAGCGAACACAAACGGGUGUGUUGUUCACGGAAACAGAAGUCGAUAACGCCACCAUGCUCUGAUACGGAAUCAACUCCGAUUGAUCUGUCGCGGAAGAGCAUUCUGGAUGUGUUAGAGACGAACAAAAAUAUUCUCGAGGACAAAUCGAAUGUUCUAUUCGAUCCUUUGGGCACCCUACAACAACAUCAGCAACAGUUGCUCGAAUUGUACGCCCAACUGGCCGCCUCUCAAAGUGUCAAGACAGAUUCGGACGAUGGAAGUGAGGAUGGACAAAAUCCAUCGUAUCUUCUCUCACCGCCAUCCAGCAACGAUACUGUCGAUAAGAUUCAUCCGUGUGCAGCUGAACGAUGCACUCAGCGGUUUUCGUCACGUGGUGCACUCUUAUGGCAUGUGCUCAGAAGGCAUCCUGAUGAGAAGUUGCUGCAGUGCGAUAACUGCGAUGAACGAUUCACCGACUCUGAUCAGGUGAGCCAAAUAAUGAGUCCGAGUCCGGCACCGAGUUCGUUGUGUGCGUUGACGCCAUCGAACGCCAACGGCGGACUGAUCGGAGGAAAUGCUGCUGCAGCUAGUGGAAACGUUCCGCCACCACUCUCACAAAUGCUUUUCUCACAACUGCUCAAUUCGGUGUCGUCAUCCAAUUCCGGACCGGUCUCGUCUUCGUCCUCUUCAUCGCAAUCUCACGAUCAACAGCGACAACAUCAGCAACACCAGCAACAACAAACGUCUUCCAAAGAGGCUGCACUCGAUCUCACCACUUCACAACUCAACGCCAACUCUACCCCACCGUUCAUGCCUUUUCCACCAUUACCACAACACUUGAUGCGACCACCGAUGAGUUUUGGUUUGUCUGCGAAUCGCGCGGCAAUGUCCGCAUCCGAUUCAGUGGCAUCGUCGUCGAAUCCGAGUGAAUCAACACUGUCAAGCGUUGAUGGUGCUGGUGGUGGUGGUGGUCAAAUGACCACGAACUUAGCUGGUGGUUCAUCGGGUUCAUUGCUGAACAACGAUGAUGACUGGGAGGCACUGAUGGAGAUCAGUACGACCGAUGAGACUGAGAAAAUUCGAGCGUUGGUCGGUGAUAAGGCACUGCCAACAACGGAUCCGAACCAGUGCCUGCUCUGUAGACGUGUACUGUCGUGUAAAAGUGCCCUACAAAUGCACUACAGAACACACACCGGUGAGCGACCGUUCAAGUGUAAGAUUUGUCAACGAGCUUUCACAACAAAGGGUAAUCUCAAGACACAUAUGGGUGUUCAUCGUGCCAAACACACUUUCCGUGGAAUCACCGGUACACCAGCCAUUCAACACCAAUGCCCUAUCUGUCAGAAGAGGUUUUUCAGUGCGCAGCUUUUACAGCAACAUAUCACGCAGCACACAAAUCAAUUGACCAGGAAUGGUAUGAUGCCACCGCCACCGUUCGACAACCCGUUGGGAUCACCGAAUUUCGAGCGUCGUCAUGAAAUCGGAGGACCAACAUCGUCUGGAGCAAUUCCUUCAACUAGGUACCAUUUGAUCUCAUAUCAGUCGUUUAUGCAGCAUAUGAACGGUGCCGCCGGUUUCAUGGGUCGACCACUGGGUAACGGAUUGAUUGGACCGCCAUUCCCGACACCUUUUCCUUUCUUCCCACUGGGAAUACCUCGCCCUCUCGCCACCAACCUACCGCCAUCAUCGUGUACCAGUAAUGGUCUCAGUAACCAUAACGCUAUGAUCAAUUCGCAGUCUCAAUUGUCCCCAAAUCUAUCAUCUCUCUCAUCGUCGACACCAUCUUCAUCGUCGUCAUCAUCACACCUUCAACUGUCUACGUCCGUUUCGAAUCCUUUGAGUAGUUCAAGACCUUUGCCUACUUCACCUGAAGUUUCCGAAGGUACGGGAAAGUCUGUGGGAAUAGUUUCAUCGUCACCGUCAACACCAACACCAUCCGAUCCGUUGCUUACUACCAACAAUGUGCCACUGAAUUUACAAUCAGUGUUGAAUUCAGCGUUGAAUAUUGCUCUGAUGAAGAAGGAGGAGAAUCUGAGCGAU